UACCAGUUACCUUUCAAAAAAAAAAAGAGCCUACCAGUCUACUCAAUCCACUUGGAAACCUAUUUCUCCACCUACCGUCAUCAAUGGCAGCUGCUAGAGUCAUGGCGUCAACCACCACCAUUGGCGCCUCAUCUUCUUCAUUACUCUUGAAAGCCGCUGCAUCUCCCUUUUUCAAACCUCAGUGCGUAAGCUUUUGCUUCAAAUUAGCUUCCAAAAACAGGACUUUUGCUUGUUCGGCCCUUUACAGACCAGAUGUCCAGAUCAAGGAGGAAGGUCUACCUGAAACCCUGGAUUACAGAGUUUUCUUCCUCGACAAUUCUGGCAAAAAGGUUUCGCCUUGGCAUGAUAUACCGUUGCACGUGGGUGAUGGAACAUUCAAUUUCAUUUGUGAAAUUCCUAAAGAAUCAAGUGCAAAAAUGGAGGUUGCUACUGACGAAGUAUUCACUCCCAUUAAACAGGAUACAAAGAAAGGGAAACUUAGAUACUACCCGUAUAAUAUCAACUGGAAUUAUGGAUUACUUCCACAAACAUGGGAAGAUCCAUCAUUUGCAAACACUGAGGUCGAUGGAGCGUUUGGAGACAAUGAUCCUGUUGAUGUAGUUGAAAUUGGUGAAAGCCGUGGGAAGAUUGGUCAACUCAUGAAAGUCAAACCGUUAGGUUGUCUAGCUAUGAUUGAUGAGGGAGAACUUGAUUGGAAAAUUAUUGCAAUUUCAUUGGAUGAUCCAAGGGCUUCACUUGUUAAUGAUGUUGAGGACGUUGAGAAACAUUUUCCGGGUACUCUUACCGCAAUCAGAGACUGGUUCAGGGACUACAAGAUCCCUGACGGAAAACCUGCAAACAACUUUGGUCUUGGCAACAAAGCAGCUAGUAAGGAUUAUGCUCUUAAGGUUAUCACCGAGACGAAUGAAUCAUGGGCUAAGCUUGUGAAGAGAUCAACCCCGGCCGGUGAACUUUCACUCGUGUAGAUGUUAAUUUCUUAACCCCCUGUAUUUGACACAUUUUUUACUUCAUUUAUGUUGUGAUGAUGACUAGAAUAUUUUUUCAGUCAGUGUUUAAUAAGAAGUUGGUUACGUAAA